AUGACGGCCCAAAGAUGCAUGAUUGACCAAUUGGUUGCUAAUAGUGGCGAUGUCCAGCAUGAUCCCUUGCCUAUUGGCCAACUUGAAAUAGAACACCAACCACCUCCUUUAUCCCAUACCCAGGUUACUUUCGUGCCAUUUUUUGCAAAUAUGCCCAAGGAGACUUUCACCUACCCCACCUCCAUUUUUCCUUAUACUUACCCUCAUAACAUUCAAAUUAACCCAGCCAGCAUUCAAAUGCCUCAAAAUUACCCACCGAACAUGCCAACUGACUCUCAAGUAUCUUAUCACACCACCACUGAGCCAUUCAUGUUGGAUACUACUAUGCAAGGGAAGGUGGAAAUGAGUGCAUCCUCCGCCCCAAUGGACAAAAACCUGUUGAAAAGAUUGGAUAAAUUUGAUGAAUUCAUGAGGAAAAGCCAAGGAAUGAGCAAACCUGGAGGUUUAGACUAUGAUGAACUAUGUCUUUUUUCAUAUAUGCAAUUGCCUUUGGGUUUUAAAACACCCAAAUUUAGUAAAUAUGAUGGAACUGGCAAAGCCAAGACGCAUCUUAGACUAUUUGCAAACAAGUUGGGAAAGCCAGUACGUGAUGAAAAUUUGCCUAUAUGUUUAUUCCAAGAGAGUUUGAAGGGAGAUGCUCUAGACGGGUAUUCUAAUUUGAAGCCUGAAGAAAUGAGAACAUGGCUGGAUUUGUGA